UUAGUUGAGGUUUUCUAGUUGUUCCCUGAAGUGUCCGCCAAACAUUAUAAGACGGUUCGUUUGUGAUUAUAAACAGUAGAUUUUACCGUUCGAAUAAUGCGACUUAAUCCGUCGAAGUAAUGAACUGAAAUUUCGCUGAUUGUAUUGCAUUUGCAUUUGAUAUAAGUCGACGGAAAAAACGUUGAAAUUUCGUAUUCGCAUUUUCUUUGACGACUCUCAUAGUGACGUGUGCGACUGCAAACAAUUUUGCUUACCUCAAUUUUCCAACGAUGAGUGGAAACAACAUGCAGGCGCUUUUUGCCUGCUCAAGAUGCUUCUCUAGGCAUCCUUUCGAGGAAUUAUCACCUGGACAACAGUUAUGCAAGGAAUGCAGAGGUGCCUUUCCCGUUGUAAAAUGCACCUAUUGUCGAUCCGAGUUCCAGCAGACAAUCAAGGGGAGCACCAGUACUAUCUGUAAAAAAUGUGAACAGAACGUCAAAGCCUAUGGGAAACCCUCUGCUUGUGAAUACUGCAACACUAUAGCUGCUUUUAUUGGAAGCAAGUGCCAACGAUGCACUAAUUCAGAAAAGCGAUAUGGUCCACCUGUUACCUGUGAACAGUGUAAACAAAAAUGUGCUUUUGACAGACAAGACGAAGAUAAAAAGGUGGAUGGAAAGCUGUUGUGUUGGCUGUGCACACUCUCCUACAAGCGUGCCUUGGCAAAGACGAAACAGUCGGAUGCGGAGAGGCGAGCUCACAUGAAAUUGGCUCAACAACGAGCCGCGAAACAUAAAGAGCAAAAAAUGAAAGGUCACAACAAACGACCGAACAGAGUUGAUGUGACGCAGUUACCUACCCAGUCCGAUGCAGUGGAUGGAACGAAUGGGCCGACGCCAGUCAAAGCGGCACGAAUGGGAGGUGUUCACGAUCCACAUGACCCAAACAGUUCAGAUCACGUUGUGGCGGUUACGCAGCUUAAAGAAAAAAUUGCCCUCCUGCAGAAACAGAUCAUGCAAAAAGAUGGUCAACUUUUGACUAAAGAUAAAAUGAUCACAGAAUUGAAGGCAAAACAUUUCACAAACGAGACAGAAUUACGUACAAAAAUGAAAGCAACGGAAAAAGAGUAUGAGACCAAGGUGGGCACGCUGCAGCACAAAAUAUCCAGUCUUCUCAAAGAGGUUGCAUCGCUAUCCAAAAGCACGAGGCGAGGUGAUCGCAUAGCUGCAACCAAAAGCGAGGCUGGAACAAACAGUGGUAGUGGAACGGACAGUCCCAUACCUUGAUAAGAAAUAUUGAUAGCCAAGUCAACAAACAUACUCAAUGUCCAUACCAUUUAUGAAUUCGCGUGGUAUAUUACUAUAAUUAGCAAAUUAUUUCCAAUAUUGAAAUCAGAUUCGUAUUAUUUUUCUAAUAACUAUAAUAAGGAUUAUUAUUUUCGCUGAAUUUAUGUAACAAUCAUAUAAAUUGAACAUCACCAGUCUCCGCCAACGAGUCGUUUUAAUUUAGUAGAUGAGUCUUGAAAAUGAAUUUUAAAAAGUAUAAAAAAAAGCUCUAUGUAGGAGAGCGUGAAAAAAAAAUGAGACAAAAGAUAAAGAAAGAAAAAAGUAGUUAUAAUGAUGAUUAAAUAUUCAUUAUUCAAUUCGUUGAAUAGAAGAGAAGUUUAGAUAGUCGAAUUUUUUUUUUCAAUUUCAGUGACGUAAAUUCCAAAUACUUUUUCCACAAGAACAACAUUAGUCUUAUUUUAUUCUCAUUAACUUUUUUCAAUCUUUCCUCCCGACUCAGUUUAUCCCGACACUUUUAGUAUUACCUAAUUGACAAAAAUUCGAUAAGAAAACAAGUGAAUCAAUACUAACAAUAAGAAGUACAAUUAGUUAUUUAUGGGUUACGAGGACUGGCGGAUCAAAGUAUGAAGAACGUCUCUGGAUGUUGAUAAGAUUGUGGAUAGUCGUCGUCUGUGAACAUGGUAUGCCUGCUCUGAUGUUUUAAUAUUUAUAACGAAUGUAAUGAUGAUGAUGCUGAUAAUGAUUACGAUUAUGACGAUGAUGAUUAUUGAGUAACGUUGUGAUUGUAGACGAAUUUUACAAUAAAAAAGUGAAGAAAAAAAACCAUAAAUAAAACUGAGAUUGAAAAAAUUCUUACCAAUAAAUA